AUGUACGACACACUCGACGGCAAAGUGCUCCGCUCGUUUGAGAUAAUGAAGAAGGUCGGGCAAGGCGCAUAUGGGCAGGUGUGGAAAGCUCGAAACAAGCGGACUGGGGGAGUGUGCGCGCUUAAGAAGAUUUACGAAGCCUUCCGCAAUGCUUCAGACGCACAGAAGGCGGACCUGUGCGUGGCCCUCAAGAACUCAGUCCUCAAGGAGAUCCACAAGCACUACAUCUUCUACCAGCUGGCCAACACGCUCAGCUACCUCCACGCCGCAGAACUGGUCCACCGCGAUAUCAAGCCCUCCAAUAUACUAGUCAACGAGACCUGCGAAGUCAAGCUCUGCGACUUCGGACUCAUCCGCUCCCUCAAGAGGGACUCGCCCAACGAAGAACUCGUCCUCACCGAAAACAUAGCCACCCGCUGGUACAGGGCGCCCGAAAUACUGCUCUGCUCCAACUGCUACGGCAAGCCCAUCGAUGUGUGGAGCCUGGGGUGCGUUUUGGCGGAGAUGGUGAUGGGCAGGCCCAUCUUCCAGGGCAGCUCCACGCUCUCCCAGCUCGAGAAGAUAUUCGAAGUCACUGGCAAGCCCUCCGCUGCGGAUCUGGACUACCUCAAGAACAAAUCCUCCCUCAACGUCAUCGAAACAUGGAUAUCAAAUAACGCAGGACCAUCAGGUCGAUCCCAGGAAGCGGCCCUCUGCUCUGGAGGUGCUCAACCACCCCUUCGUCAGCAAGUUCAGGGGAAAAAUAGAGGAAAAAUGCCGUCUGCUCCCAUCAGCAUCCUCUACGAAGUCAAGCAGCUCUCCAUCGAGGACUACAAGCGACUCAUCUUCGGAGAAGUCGACGAGAAGGACAUCAAACUGUCAGAGCCCGCCAGCACCGAGGAACUGAUCUACAAGACGCUGCCCAACGACCUGGGAAGGAACAACAUCAUCGCCAACUACCCCUGGGGCAACCUGGAGAAGAAAAGCCCCCUCCACUCCAGCAACAUGAGCCAGAAGAACCUCUCUCCCUUCGCCUUCCGCCAGAAGAAGGAGGAAAAGGAAGAUGAAGCCUCCAAGGAGAAGAAACGCGAACGACACUCGCCAUCCUUCCUCCAGAAUAGGAAAAAGUAG